GAAUUUUAGUUUUUCUUUGUUAAGUUUUACAUUUUAUAUUUCUCUAUGAUAUCAAGUUUGCUAUUUCGACAUUGCAAGCGUGUACUCCUGCUAACACGUCAAAGAAGAAUGUCUGUGGAAGCAAUGGCUUCAUCUGGCAAGGGGGAAGGGAAGCAAGGGAAGAAGAAAAAGGACAAAAAAGGAGGAGGAGGAGGAGGAGGAGGGGCUCAACAACAUGAGCUGAAUCCAUGGCCAGAAUACAUUCAGAAUAGAAUUGAUCUGUUUGAUAGACUAAAGGCUGAAGCUGAUGCUCAAUUUGCAGCCAAGGUCCCAGCACCAAUCAAAGUCACAUUACCUGAUGGUAAGGUGGUUGAUGGUCAGUCAUGGCGUACUACUCCAUAUGAAAUAGCUCAAUCUAUUAGCCAAGGACUUGCAGACAAUGCAGUGAUUGCCAAGGUGAAUGGUGUGCUAUGGGAUCUUGAUAGACCGUUUGAAGAAGACAGCAAGCUUGAGCUUCAUAAGUUUGAUAGCGAAGAAGGACAACAGGUGUUCUGGCAUUCCAGUGCUCAUGUGUUGGGUGAAGCUAUGGAAAGAAAGUAUGGAGGAUGUCUAUGUUACGGGCCUCCCAUUGAGAAUGGAUUCUACUACGAUUCAUUCCUUGAUGGACAGCAAGUAUCAAGCAAUGAUUUUGAUAGCAUCAACCAGAUUGUAAAAUCUAUUCAGAAAGACAAGCAGCCUUUUGUUAGACUUGAGAUGACCAAGGAAGACCUGCUCAAGAUGUUUGAAUAUAAUGAAUUCAAGAGACGUAUCAUCUCAGAACGUGUUCAAACUCGCACUACCACAGUGUAUAGGUGUGGGCCUUUAAUUGAUCUGUGUCGUGGUCCUCAUGUUAGGCAUACUGGAAAAGUGAAAGCCUUUGAUGUUGUCAAGACUUCUUCCACAUAUUGGGAAGGUAAGGCUGAUAAGGAGAGUUUACAGAGGAUCUAUGGUAUUUCAUUCCCUGAUAAUAAACAGCUGAAGGAAUGGAAACACUUUCAAGCAGAAGCUGCCAAGAGAGACCAUAGGAAGAUUGGCAGGGAACAAGAGUUGUUUUUCUUCCAUGAGCUGAGUCCCGGCAGUUGUUUCUUCCAACCCAAAGGAGCAUUCAUCUACAACACACUGAUUGACUUUAUCAGGUCUGAAUACAAGAAGCGUGGAUUCCAGGAAGUAGUUUCACCAAACAUCUACAACAGUAAGCUGUGGAUAACAUCAGGUCACUGGCAGCAUUAUGAUGAUAACAUGUUUCAGUUUGAUGUUGAGAAGGAGAGGUAUGCUCUCAAGCCUAUGAACUGCCCUGGUCAUUGUUUGAUCUUUGACACUCGUCCACGUUCUUGGAGAGAGUUGCCUCUGAGAAUGGCUGACUUUGGUGUGCUACAUCGUAAUGAACUAUCUGGCGCCCUCAGUGGUCUGACCAGAGUAAGACGUUUCCAGCAGGAUGAUGCUCAUAUUUUCUGCCCUCAAGAUCAGAUUGAGCAAGAGAUUGCUGGAUGUCUAGAUUUCUUGUCAUCUGUAUACAGUGUGUUUGGCUUCACUUACAAACUAGCCUUGUCUACUCGACCUGAGAAAUAUCUUGGAGAGAUUGAAGUCUGGGACAGUGCUGAGAAGCAACUUGAGAAUAGUUUGAAUAAAUUUGGAGCUGAAUGGAGAAUAAACCCUGCUGAUGGAGCCUUCUAUGGACCAAAGAUUGACAUCACGAUUCAGGAUGCUCUUCGUCGUUCUCAUCAAUGUGCAACUAUCCAGCUUGACUUUCAGCUUCCUAUUAGAUUCAAUCUCAAGUAUUCAGCUGCUGAUGGAACCGAGAAGAGGCCUGUUAUCAUUCAUAGAGCUAUCCUAGGAUCAGUAGAACGUAUGAUUGCUAUCCUCACUGAGAACUAUGGAGGAAAAUGGCCAUUCUGGUUAUCACCUCGUCAGUGUAUUGUAAUUCCCGUCGGUCCUGCUUUCAAUGACUAUGCUGUAUCAGUCAAGGAUAAACUUCAUCAAGAAGGAUUCUGUUGUGAGGUAGAUACUGAUGCAGGAGAUACCAUGAACAAGAAGAUACGCAACGGUCAACUUGCUCAGUUCAACUUCAUCCUCGUUGUUGGUGAGAAGGAGAAGACGAACGGAACAGCCAAUGUGCGUACCAGGGAUAAUCAGGUCCAUGGUGAGAAGUCUAUAGAUGAUAUCAUCAAGAGAUUUAGUCAUCUCAAGGAAACCAAGAGUCCUAACAGUGAAGAACCAUUCUAAAGACACCUGUCUAUUCAUACCUACGGUAGACUCACAUCAUGCCGCCAAUGAGUAAUUGAGAGCCGAUUGUUUCGGAGACGGAUCCAGCUGGGUUAGAUGCAGUAACAUUAUGUCCGUCAUAUUGUUUGUAUCAACAAUGCCAUCUAGAGUUUGUAUCUAUGUAAUACUUAA